AUGUGCAAGCCGGUGCGCUACGUUUAUCCUCGCUGCGGUCAUCCCAUCGUCCAAGACAAAUAUGUCUGGUCCGUUGAGCGCUGCCCCUUUGCGCAGUGCACCAGCAGAGAUUGUUGGAUUUCCAAUAAUAUUCGCAAGGAUCUGAUCGAGGACACACCAUGGCCUUUUGACAAUCUCACCGAGCCUUGUCCCCUGUUCCAUGAGCGGGAUGAUUCCGAGACUGCUACUCUGGCUGCUUCCUCUAGCGAUGGUGAUCGAACCUCUAGCUAUGAAACGUGCGACCAAGGCUAUUCAACAUGCGACCAAGACUCCUCUUCCUAUGUAACGUGCGACCAAGGCUAUUCGACAGGCGACCAAGACUCUUCCUGCUACGAGACAUGCCUCGAAUUUAUUCUUUCUGAGCGCUCUACACCGCAGCCUGAGGGGAUGGAUGAGGAGGAAUUGGAUCGCAUGAUCAAUGAUAUUCUUCUUCAGGAGGGAUUGCCUGCUGAAACGAGCGGCGAGGAAGUUCUUUACACGAACGAGGACAUCUUUCAAUUCGAUGAAGACUCUUGUCCCCCAGUCGACCAGUUUCUCCUAGACGAAGAUGAACCGCAUUACUUCGACACAGGCCUCCCACAGGAAAUGCCCUUCACCAACGAUCAACUCACCUACUAUAACGACGUCGUUUAUCAGACAGGUGGCGAGCUCCCCUUUGCUAGCAUAGAUGAUCAAAUCGAAUGGGAGCGAGUUCGGGCUGUGGAAGAGCCUCUCGAGCAGAAUCUUUUUGGACAGGAUUUGGACAUGGAGUGGCGCUUCGACGAAUGGUUUUAA